AUUGACAUUUUGUCGUUUUGGGAAAGCUUUCGUGUCGUGGGCCAUUAUUUUGGUGCUUGGGCCACAUCCCAAAAUCGCUUGGGUGCUUUAAUAUGGAAUAAUUAUUACUGAAACACAUUAAAUUAUAUUUACAAACGGUAAAAAUGAGUGCGCCCAAAAAUAACGGGCCUAUUAUAGACCCAGCUCUUUGUAGAUGUUGUCGAGCCAUCAAGAAAUGCAGGGUUCUCACCGCCGAGUAUACUUGGAUGGACAAAAAAGAAGUGUACGCGGAUAUGAUCAUGGAUUGUUUUGGUAUUCUCCUGUCGCACGUGGACGAAAGCGAGCGCGACAGCGGCGUUUGCGCGACGUGCGUGGUGCGUCUGCGCGACGCGCUCGCGCUCCGGCAGCAGGUGCUGCAGUGCGAGGAACUGUUCUUGCACGCCAAGCUGGAGUACAAGGAGGCGGAAGAAACCAAGAAGCCCCUGGAGAUUGAGCCCAAGAUAGAGCCCAAGGAUGACGUCAGCGAUCACAAUUCCGUCCUCGAGAUGGACCACGACGACAGACUGUCGAUUGACUACUCCGCUGAUGAUACAGAAGUAAAACCGGACACAAAAGAGGAGAAAAUCGACAUAGAAGCAAACGACAUAGAACCGCCACCAAAGUGCAGCACAGAAGACAGCGACGACUCGUACGCAUCAUCUUCGGAUUCCGACAAGCCGAUCAAAAGAAAGAGAAGCAAGAAGACAAAAUCUACAAAGAGUAAUGGGUCUACGAAGAAGAAGACGAAAGUGGCUAAGGCGAAGAAGGAGAAAGCUGGUUCCUCGAAAAAAGUGAUCAAAGUGAAAAAACCGCCCGUCGAAAAACGCCACAACUACGACAGGGACCUCGACUGCAUGUCCGAAGAGAACCUAAUAACGAUCAUCCAAUACUCCUACGUCUGCCCCUUCAAGAACAGAAGAAACAAUUACUACUGCUUCUACUGCAAAGAUUACUACCCAAAACCAGAAGACCUUAGAGAACACACAGCGACCCACGACACCAAACCGUUCCAGCUACUCAUGGGGUACAAGAAAAUGCCAAAAAUCGACAUCACAAGAAUUGACUGCAGACUGUGUCCGGCCAAAAUAGAUGAUCUCAAUACUUUUAAACAGCACAUAGACCAGAUCCACGGCAAGAAAAUAUACUUUGAAGCACCGGACAAGAUGCUGCUCUUCAGACUGACGUGGAACGAUUUAGUCUGUGUCAUGUGUAACGAUGUGUUCGAAGAUUUCAACACCCUCAACACCCAUAUGGUGGGGCAUUUCAGUAACUACACCUGCGAUAUCUGCGGCUUCUGUUUCUUGGAAAAACCACGCUUGGACGCCCAUUUAAAACGACAUAAGGACGACGAGCGACACACGUGCGAAGUCUGCGGAAAAGUGUUCAAAUCAAACCAUUACAAGGACAUGCAUGUGGAUAUAGUGCACAAGAAAAAGGCCAUCAUACGGUGUCCGCGGUGUGACGAGUGUUUCAUGUCUUACGCGUUAAAGAACAAACAUUUGACCGAAGCCCACGGCCAAAAUAGAACGUACCCGUGUAACUUGUGUGACAAAGUGUAUAAUAGGCAGAAGACUUUGACCGAGCAUCAAAGAAGGAAUCACCAGAAGGUGUUGAAGCAUCAGUGUGAGUAUUGCGAUCAGAGGUUUUACUUGCCGUCUCGGUUGAAGGAGCACAUGGCGACUCAUACAGGCGAGAGAAACUUCCGAUGUGAGUACUGCGACAAGUCGUAUCCUAGGUUGAAGUCUCUGCAGUACCACAUACGAACGCACACAAACGAUAGGAGGUAUAGAUGUCACAUUUGCGGUCAAGCGUUCAUACAAAACCCGAGUCUGAAGUCCCAUAUAAAGAACCACCAUCCUGAAUGUGACAUAGAGGGAUGUUAUUUCUAAGAUAAUUGAAACUUGUGUGGAUAUUGCUUAGUGUGUUUGUAUUGAGAUUAUUGUGUAUUAGAUGGGGUAGAUCGUGCGUUUUAUACUUGAAUCAAAUUGCAAUUUCUCAAACGAAAUUAUUUAUAUUUAUUAAAUUAUGGAAUUAUAUUACCAACAUCACUUACUUACAUCACAGUAUAUUUUUUAAGUAAUUAUAAUUUAUAUUGUUUUAGAAUUAUUUUACUAACAUCACGUUAAAACAUCACAAUUUAUUUUACAAGUAAUUAUAAUUUAUAUUAUUAUAUAAUUAUAUUACCAACAUCACUUUAAAACAUCACAGUGUGUAAAGUAUAUUUUCUAAGUUAUUUUUUACAUUUUUUUUAUUGAGAUUAUUUUGUAUAACAGAACAGUAUUGUUAGAUUUUUAAACGCUUAUUAAUAAGGCAGCAUAAUAAUUAUUAUAUCUAAUUUAUUCCCGAUGUUUAACAAACACGACAUCAACAUUUUCGUCAGCAAAGUAUUCUUAAGAGUACAAAUAAAUUACAAUAUUAGCGUUCAUAAUUUUGAACUGACUAACACAAUCUCUUGAAAUGUAAUUCUGCAUUUGCGAUAAUGUUUUUAUUGUUUUAAUAUUAUUUAAGCACGAUCUAUCAAAUGUAUCGGUAUAGUAGGAGUAAUGAUGAGUAGGAUGAUUAUUUAUACAGUUUAAUAUAGAAAUGUACCUAUUGUAGGUUAAUAUUUUACACAAAGAUUUUUAAGUAACAUUCUUAAGUCUUUGGCUUUAUACUUUGUUUAAACAAAUUCAUCACAAUUUAUAUAUUUUUACAAACAAAUAAAAUAGUUGUAGAUAGCAAAUUAGUCAGUUAUGCAGAAGUUAUGCUGAACAAAUCACAAUAAUAAUAAUUUAUCAUCACAAGGCUAAGUUUUGAAACCUAAAAUAUUAUUAAUAAUGAAUAAAAAAUGUGCGUUUAAAAUCUUGUAAAUGCUUAUUUUAGUAAUUAAAUAUUGUAAAUAAAAAUAAGUAUUAAUCUCAUAGAUUAUGAUGACGAUAAUAUUCCUAAGUAGUGGUCAAGUGAAGUAAUAUUGACUUUAAUUUAUAAGUUUUAUAAUAAAACAGUUUAAAAAGUG